UGCGACACCGGUUCAGUGGCGGCCGAGCAGCCUGGCUGCCUCAUCACUUUCUGCCGAGGAGGCGGUGGAAGGUGCUGCCGAGCGGCUCCCGAGCCCCCACCCUGGGCCGGGCCGCGGGCUCUGUACUUUGCCCUCGCCGCCUGACAGGUUCUCCUGGGCCCUGCUGAAUGGAAGUCGCCGUGCUCCGGGCCUGCCCCUUCCUCAGACCGGCCGGCCCUCGGACACCUGGACGCCAAGCCCAGCAGUAAGGCCAACAUGCUCCGUGGCCGCAACUCGGCCACCUCUGCUGACGAGCAGCCGCACAUCGGCAACUACCGGCUCCUCAAGACCAUCGGCAAGGGCAACUUUGCCAAAGUGAAGCUGGCCCGGCACGUCCUGACUGGCAAGGAGGUGGCGGUGAAGAUCAUCGACAAGACCCAGCUCAAUUCCUCCAGCCUCCAGAAGCUGUUCCGGGAAGUAAGAAUAAUGAAGGUUUUGAAUCAUCCCAACAUAGUUAAAUUAUUUGAAGUGAUUGAGACGGAGAAGACCCUUUAUCUUGUGAUGGAGUACGCCAGCGGAGGAGAGGUGUUUGAUUACCUGGUGGCUCAUGGGAGGAUGAAGGAAAAAGAGGCUCGAGCAAAGUUCCGACAGAUCGUGUCGGCCGUCCAGUACUGUCACCAGAAGUUCAUCGUGCACAGAGACCUGAAGGCAGAAAACCUGCUCCUGGACGCCGACAUGAACAUUAAGAUCGCCGACUUCGGCUUCAGUAACGAGUUCACCUUUGGCACCAAGCUGGACACGUUCUGCGGCAGCCCCCCCUACGCGGCCCCCGAGCUCUUCCAGGGCAAGAAGUACGACGGGCCCGAGGUGGACGUCUGGAGCCUCGGGGUCAUCCUCUACACGCUGGUCAGCGGCUCCCUGCCUUUUGACGGCCAGAACCUCAAGGAGCUUCGGGAGCGGGUGCUGCGGGGGAAGUACCGGAUCCCGUUCUACAUGUCCACGGACUGCGAGAACCUGCUCAAGAAGUUCCUCAUUCUCAACCCCAGCAAGAGGGGCACGUUGGAGCAAAUCAUGAAAGACCGAUGGAUGAAUGUGGGGCACGAGGAGGACGAGCUGAAGCCAUAUGUGGAGCCGCUGCCAGAUUACAAGGACCCUCGGCGGACAGAGCUGAUGGUCUCCAUGGGGUACACGCGGGAGGAGAUCCAGGACUCCCUGGUGGGCCAGAAGUACAACGAGGUCAUGGCCACCUACCUGCUCCUGGGCUACAAGAGCUCGGAGCUGGAGGGUGAGACGAUCACGCUGAAGCCGCGGCCGUCGGCAGAACUGACCAACAGCAGCGCCCCCUCCCCGUCCCACAAGGUACAGCGCAGCGUCUCUGCCAACCCCAAGCAGCGGCGCUUCAGCGAUCAGGCUGGUCCUGCCAUCCCCACCUCCAACUCCUACUCGAAGAAGACACAGAGUAACAACGCUGAGAACAAGCGGCCCGAGGAGGAGCGAGAGUCCGGGCGGAAGGCCAGCAGCACCGCCAAGGUGCCCGCCAGCCCCCUGCCCGGCCUCGAGCGGAAGAAGACCACCCCCAGCCCCUCCACGAACAGCGUGCUCUCCACCAGCACCAACAGGAGCCGGAACUCCCCGCUACUGGAGCGGGCCAGCCUGGGGCAGAGCUCCGUCCAGAACGGCAAGGACAGCCUAACCAUGCCGGGCUCCCGGGCCUCCACGGCCUCUGCCUCCGCCGCUGUCUCUGCGGCCCGGCCCCGCCAGCACCAGAAGUCCAUGUCGGCCUCCGUGCACCCCAACAAGGCCUCGGGGCUGCCCCCGACAGACAAUAACUGUGAGGUGCCCAGGCCCAGUACCGCUCCCCAGAGGGUCCCCGUGGCCUCCCCUUCCGCCCACAACAUCAGCAGCAGCGGGGGAGCCCCCGAACGGACCAACUUCCCCCGCGGGGUGUCGAGCAGAAGCACCUUCCACGCCGGGCAGCUGCGCCAGGUGCGGGAUCAGCAGAACCUGCCCUACGGGGUCACCCCUGCCUCCCCUUCUGGCCACAGCCAGGGCCGAAGGGGCGCCUCCGGCAACCUCUUCAGCAAGUUCACUUCCAAGUUUGUUCGCAGAAAUCUGUCUUUCAGGUUUGCCAGAAGGAACCCGAAUGAGCCCGAAAGCAAAGACCGAGUGGAAACCCUCAGACCUCACCUGGUGGGCGGCGGGGGCAGCGACAAGGACAAGGACGAGAACCGGGAGGCGAAGCCGCGCUCCCUGCGCUUCACCUGGAGCAUGAAGACCACCAGCUCCAUGGAGCCCAACGAGAUGAUGCGGGAGAUCCGGAAGGUGCUGGACGCUAACAACUGCCAGUGCGAGCUGCAGGAGAAGUUCAUGCUGCUGUGCAUGCACGGGACGCCGGGCCACGAGACCUUCGUGCAGUGGGAGAUGGAGGUCUGCAAGCUGCCCCGGCUCUCCCUCAACGGCGUGCGCUUCAAGCGCAUCUCGGGCACCUCCAUGGCCUUUAAGAACAUCGCCUCCAAGAUUGCCAACGAGCUCAAGCUUUAACAGGCUGCCGGGGGGCCGCGCCAGCCACCGCGGCGCCCCCACCCCAGGACCAGCGCGGGCGCCGGCGCGCCCCCUCCCUUCUCGGUGUGUUUCUCCGCGUCUGGGGGGGAGGGAGCGUCGCUCCCCCCACCCCAUGACCCCCCGACGUGAAACGAGGAAUGUAGGGGGUCGUGGGGGCGGGGAACCCCAGGUACUGCGGUUGCACAGAGUAUUUCGCCGAAACCAAGAAUUUUUUUAUUACCAAAAAAAAAAAAAAAUGCACCGGACACCUCCCCGCCCUUCUCCUGGGGUGGCUGAGACUGGAUCCAUGGCCUUUCCUCGCCUGGGAAUCGCUCACGGCCGGACGACCCUCUUCCCAGAGAGAGGAGGGGGCGCGCCCCCACGCUCCAGCCCCGGCCACGCGGGGGCUGCCCUGCCUUGCAUCUUCUCCUAAAUAAACCACCAGGGGUUGCCUUCCUAGA